AAACACGCUAUACUACGCUUUAGGAAGUGGUUACACUUGGCCAUUUUCUAGAGUGACAGUAAUAGCGAGUCAAAAACUUAAUCGCAUUCAACACAGCAAAGAACCCUUUUAUCCCCCCUUCUUCAGUUUUCCCAUUUGAUUAAACCAAUUCUAAAAUGCCUUAGAUUUUCCGAUCUCUCUCGCUCCGAGCGAUUCUCCGAUGAAUCCCUCACUCCGAUCUGAGCGAAUCCUCCGGCCCCUCCCUCAUCCGAACGGCGCGAAUCUCCGAUCCCUCCCUCACUCCGAGCGACGAAUCUCCGAUCUCUCUCUCAAUUAGAGCGACGCCAAUCUCCGAUCUCUCCCUCGCUCCGACGCGAUUCUCCAAUCUCUAUCUCGUUAUGGCUGAUAAGGCAAAGACAUGUCAUGAGAAGGAGUUUGAGGUUGCAUUGCAGGAAUUUUGUGGCAAUGAUGCUGACAUUUUAGAGGAGGCAGCGGAGAUGAAGGUCAUUCUGAUGGGGCGGCUGAAAAAGAGAUUAUGCACAACUGAGGCUCCAUUUUCUCAGUCUUCCGCAUUGACCCUGGAUAGCGGUACACCAGCUACCCCUUUCAAUGGUGAGUGUCUGUUCUUUAUGCAUGAGUUGGCACUCCAUGAUGCAUAUAGAUCUGUGAACUUGCAGGCACGCCGGUGAACAAACUCCCUUAUGUUAAAAUAGCCUUUGUUUUUCCUUUAAAAUGUUAAAAUAACCUUUGUUGUAGAGAACAAUUCCCUUCUCUAUAGUAUUAUAUAGAAUGACAAUUAUGACUAGAAUGUUGGGCUUGUUGAUGUUCAAAAAAUCAGGUGUUACCAAUUAUACUGGAAACUUUAGCUUGUUGAUGUAAAAAAUAAGUUUUGGU